UACAUACCUUUUAUGGACCCUGCUCAGCUGGGAUAUCUGUAUCUGCAUUAUACCUCUCUUCUAUUCUUAGUGGCACUUCAAGCCGAGUGAACAGAGCCUGUUAGUGGCUGUGCUAAAAGUUGGGAAAAAAUGGCUUACAAUGUAUCCCUCGCUGGACCAGGACCAUGGGGAUUCCGGCUGCAAGGAGGAAAGGACUUUAACAUGCCCUUGACCAUCUCCAGGGUAACACCUGGCAGUAAAGCAGCACAAUCCAAUGUAAAUCAGGGAGAUUUGGUGGUGGCCAUCGAUGGAGUAAACACAGAUGGCAUGACUCAUUUAGAGGCCCAGAACAAGAUCAAGUCAGCCAGCUACAACCUGGGUCUCACCUUACAAAAAUCUAAACGUCCAGGACCAGUCUCAAUGUCCACACCACGAAUGGACUCACCCAUGCCAGUGAUUCCACAUCAGAAGGUCAUAGCCAACACUGUUGCCAACUCUGAGUUCGUACCCCAAUUCAACCCCAAUGUGCUCAAGGACUCAGCAAUUUCUACCCACAAGCCAAUUGAGGUCAAGGGUCCUGGAGGCAAAGCCACAAUUAUUCACGCCCAGUAUAACACCCCAAUCAGCAUGUAUUCCCAAGAUGCUAUCAUGGAUGCUAUUGCCGGCCAAGCACAUGCCAGAGGCAGUGAUCUCUCAGGUGGCCCUGAAGCUACAGAGGUUAACCUCCCAGUUAAAGAUCCUCAUGUAGACAUUGCUUCUCCAGUGUAUCAGGCUGUGCUUAAAAAUCAGGUCAAAAGUGAAAAUGAUAUUGAUGACUGGACACGUCGUGCUGCUAACCUGCAGUCCAAGUCAUUCCGUGUCCUUGCACAGAUCACAGGAACAGAAUACAUGCAAGACCCUGAUGAAGAUGCACUGAGAAAAUCAAGGGAAAAGUUUGAAACGGAACGUAACAGCCCACGCUUUGCCAAAUUGCGCACCUGGCAUCAUGGCCUUUCAGCACAAAUCCUUAAUGUUUAAAGUUAAAUGCCCACGUGUAACACAAUAUCUAUUGAAAAGCAAUAAAACACUAAAAUAUUCUGCAUCACUAUGCAGAGACAAACUACCAUAUACAUAAAAUAUAAAUAUAUAUAAAUAGAAAAAAAUAAAAAAUAAACCACAGGGAUGUGUUCUUUUAGUGCCUGUCAUUACCUUAUUUUCCUGUUAUCCUUUUAACCCACCAUUGUCAAAUAAAUAUAAUCUAGUCGUUAUUGGCAUUUGCUUUGUGUUGCAUUUAGAUCCUAAAACUGCUGUUUGGAAUCAAGUUUCUCUUGUAUUUCCUUUCUUUUAAAUAAAAAAAUUCUAAAAAACUAACUUUUUCAGGUGUUGUGUGAUCUUGGUAGACAUUAGUUAUUUGGAAAAUAGGGAUUGCUAUAGGGGUUUAGUAGGAAGCGUGCCUGCUAUGCAGGUGUAUGUUCAACACUGGCUUAGUGGAAGAGAUGCAAGGUUACCAAGCUUGACUAAAAUAUAGGUAGAUGGGACUGUUUUAUUCAUGUAGUUUAGAUAUUAUUGUAUUGUGAAAUAAAGUAUAGGAACAGGCCCUGCUGUGUUGUUGAAUUGCGGUUCCCAAAACACUUUGCCAACAGUUAUACAGUUGCUUAAUUAUUUUAUUGCUUUCCUGUACAGAUACAAUAGUAGUAGAUUGGGUUUCUUUUGUAAAUGCUGUUUUCUAGCAACCCUUUCAACUUUCUGAUCCCUUUUGUGGUGGAUGUUGGCAAUAUCUGUACAGUUGGGAGCCAUGUUAAUGACAGUGCACAUCAUUUUAAAAACGUGGUUAAGCCUUUAGUUUGUAUAGUGUGUGUAUGGGUUUUACUGUUCGAACUUACAUAGAUUCUAUAAUCAUAAUUUUCAGAUAUAGUAAGUGUUAAAAAUUUAUGGGCAUCCCUUGAUAGUCAUUCACUCAUUUGUCACUUAAAAUGAUAAUUGAUCCACUGGAUGAUGUCUAGAUUACAGUUUCUUUUCAAUGGCAAAGAUGCCACGGAAAUCUUAACACAAUUGAUAUUCCUAAUGCUAAAAGCAGUAUGCAUUACUUAAGCUUCUAGAUAUAACAGAGAUAAUAGAGACUUAUGAUAUUUCUCUUCAGUAUCAAUUAUAUAUUUUGUAACUGUUAAACGUAGACUAGAGGUAAUAGCUACUUAAGGGUUCAUUCAUUAGGGUGUUCAUAGACAUUAUAUGAUUGGAAUCCAAGAUGGAUGAUGUAUUAUAAGAUGUUAUAUUGCAUUCAAUGUUGUACUGCUUUGAUGUUUAAAUUACAAAUGAGAUUUCCUGUAUUGUUUUUCCCUCAUGAUGAUUUUCUGUAAUAGAACCACAUUAUGUGUUUGUGUUUUGUGUUGUGAUAAUAAAGUGGUUCAUAAAAACA